UAAUGUAAAUAUUAUAAUUUAACUGUUAUAAGACUUUAAAUUCAAAAUAUUACUUUUCUUCCCUAUCUAUGUCCCAUACAUCAUCGAUUAUUGCAAAAAGCUCUCAGAAUUAUUCAUAUCAAUAUUCAACCUUUCAUAUGCAACAAUUCUGAAAGAAAAUUAUUACACACAUCCAUGUUGACUCGCAUUGUCGUUACUUCACUAUUGUUGAUUAAUUCUGAAAGAAUUCUACAAUUUAUCAUAUAAAAUAUUGCAGCAAAAAUGUUUUUGAAACCUUUCACACCUAAUAAAAUUACGUAAAGAGCAGUACGCGGCACUGUCACUAGAUAAACGCAACGGGGAGUUUUUUCUUAAAAUUAAAAACCAUACAAAAUAUUAUAAAGGGUGCAGCAUAAUGAGAUUUUUCAUUUGUGUUUUAAUAAGAUAAUUCUUUGAAGGUACAGAGUUCCCAAAGUUGGGCUUCAAGAUAAAAAUAAAUAAAAUAUAUAUAAAGAUAUAUAAUAUUUGGAAGCAUUAUGACGCUUAUAAGUGCUAUACUCGUUGCUUUGGCAUGUAUCGUCAGUUACUUCAUUUGGAAAUAUAUCUGUCAAAUAUUUCUUCUUGGAAAAUUCAAUCUGCCUGGUCCAAAGAAACUUUCCGAUAUCUUUCCUGAAACAUCUAAUGGAGUAUUAGAUUUUAUAGAUACGUUGGGGAAGCAUUAUCCAUCUCCAUUCCAAAUGCGAAGAUGCUAUAUGCCAAUCGUUAUAUUAUAUGAACCCAACCAAAUAAAGACUGUCUUACGACAUUGCUUAAACAAAGGUAGACUGUAUAAAUUUGCAAUACCAUUGUUUGGCAUGGGAAUAGCAUCACUUCCUGAAUCUACAUGGCCUCAACAUCGAAAAAUAAUAGCACCAAGCUUUAAUUCAAACAUGGGAGAAUUUUUUAAUAUAUUUGUCAAACAUGCUUUAAUAUUUGCAAACGAAUUAGAAGAUGUCGGAUUAAAUGGAAACGAAAUUAUGUUAUUUAAACAUACAAUAGCGAAUGCUAUAAACAUUGCUUGCUCUACGCUCGGCAUCGAAAUGAAAACAGACAUAAGAGAUAAAUGUCUUACAAAUAUUGAAAGAUACAGAGAUAUUAUGAAACAUAGAUUUUAUUCUACAUGGAUAAAUCCAUUUCUGUAUUUUGAUUUUAUAUUUAAUUUCACUACUUUGGGACGCGAACAACAAAAGAUUGUAAAGUCAAUGCAUUCUUUUAUUAAUAAGAUAACACAACAACAACUACAAUUAAAUAAAUUGCAUGAAGCCGAAACUAAUACAAUUAAUAAAACGUUUCUCGACAAACUGAUGGAAAUAUUUCGUAAAAAUAAUUUUACAGAAAAGUUAAUUCGCGAUAAUAUUAUCACGCUUAUUGUGUCGGCCAGUGAUACAAUCGGUACUACGUUACACUUUGUUGUCUUCAUGUUAGCAAAUUUUCCAGAAAUACAAGUAUGUAUAUAAAAUUUCCAACACAAUCGAUUGAUU